AUGGUUGGACAUCUUUCAGGCAUUGUCGCAAAGGUGAAAAAUGUCGGUCACCCAGAUAUUUUGUCUACCCACUGCAUUUUGCAUCGUGAGCAACUUGCGUCAAAGAAAAUGUCCCCAGAACUACACGAAGUAUUAUCCGAUGUUAUCAAAAUUGUAAAUCAUAUUCGACACAAAGCACUUAAUUCAAGGUUAUUUAAGUCACUUUGUGAAGAAAUGGGUUCCCAAUAUACACACCUUCUUCUUCAUGCAGAGGAAGGACGUGUUCACAGUACGAGACAAAAUGCUUUUCAAAAAAAAAUAUUAUUUUGGCAAACACGGUUGGCUGAAGAGGAUCUACAAAUGUUUCAACAUUUUGAUGAAUAUAUGAAAGAAAAGGACGUUAACCAGCGAGUGGUAGCUAUUGUUCAACAGCAUUUAGAAUCACUUACAGAAUCUUUUUGUCGUUAUUUCCCAAAAAAAGAAGACCCUAGACAUGGUAAUAUGUGGAUAAUAGAUCCAUUUGCAGCAAACAAUGAAAAUAAUAAGUUAAAUAUGAGCGAAAAAGAAAGCCUCAUCGAUUUAUCAUCCGACUCCUCACUCAAAACCAAGUUCCUGGAAUUAUCAAAAAGCCAUUUUUGGCUGUACGUUAAAAAUGAAUACCCUUUGUUGAGUGAAAAAGCAAUGAAAAUCUUAAUUCAAUUUUCAACUACGUAUUUAUGUGAAAAAACAUUUUCUUCGGUCACAGUUAUUAAGCACGGUACCGUUCUCAGCUAG